AUGGGUUUUUCUUAGUUUGAUAUAUUUUCUCAAAGUUUCUCCUUCAAUAUUGAUAAAAACUAGGUAAGAUAGAGCACAUCUAUUGGAAUUAUUUCAAGUCUAAUAGUUUUAACAAUUGCUGCUUCCUAUUAUGUUUAUCUACUUGAUUUAUAUUUCACCAAUUAAAUAGAUCCAAUUUAUAGAUCUCAGAGCAUUAUCAAUGAUGAAAUAGUAGAUAUCACCUUGGAUUCAAAUCUUGUAGGAUUUAGAUAUGAGUAUGAUACUAAUAAGAGCAUAGACUUAUUGUAAGCUUAGAAUAAUAAAACUUAUAUUGUUUAAAUUGCUUAGUUUUAUUAUGCUGAUGAAUAAAAUAGCUUUUAGGUAGAUCUAGAUAUUGUUAAAUGCACAGAUCCUAAUUUAAUUGGCUAUUAUUGCAUAGACUUUUCUAGCAUUUAGAAUUAGACUUUAAUUCUAAGCACCUCUGAAAAUAUUUUAUCUCAUAUAGCAAUAAAUAUUUACGGAUGCUUAGAUCUUGAUAUGUACAAGACUACUAUUCCAAAUAACUGUGCAAGUCAAAGUGAAAUUGAUUAUAUCAUGAAUUGCUUCAAUUCUGGAGUCAGACUAAAACUAUUUACAUCUUAGUUUAAUACUACGACAAAACAAGCAUAAGUAAAAUACAGAAAUUAAUUUAUUUAUACUUCAGCAGAUCAACUUGUUUAGACAAUUCUUAAGGCAUAAAAGUAAGUGACAUCAGUUAAAUAAGGAUUUUUGAUAUAAAAUUCAACAGAAUUUUCUUCACCAAUUCAAUAUAAUCCAUUUUAAUAGACAUACGAUAGGUAGUAUAGCAUUAGAAGUUUAAAUUAUUCAGGUUAUAGUUAUGUUUAGAUAAAAAUGGAUGAAAUUAUGGAUGUAAUCAAAAUAUAAUACCCUACAAUUCCUUAAAUUUUAGCUCUUGGAAAUAUUGAAUUUGAGUUAAGUGAAUAUAAAGAGGAAAAUGAAACCAUUCAGAGUAAUAAAAAUAGACCUUAAAGAAGAAAAACAAAGUAGCUUUUUGACCCUUAAAAUCUAAAAUUAGAUUUAAAAAAUCAAAAUACCUAUCUAAAUUUAAGAUGUUCAACCAUUAAUUCUCCAAAAGAAAUAAAAAUUUUGCAAGAAAAAUUGAAUUUGAGAAAACUUUUAUAGAACUUUAAAGAUAUAUUCAAUCAAAAAUUUUCAAAAACAAUUCAUUAGAACAUUUUCAAAACCAAGUGUUGUAAAAAAAAUGAUUAUUUAUUAAGUAAAGGACUAGAUUAAUACACUAAAAAAUUUAUUGAAGACUAAAUAAACAAAGAUUUGAACAUAUUCGAAAUUUAUAAAGAUAUCAUAUUUUUGAAAAAGGCAAUAAUGAUCUUGUUGGAUAAACAAUAACUUGCUGCCAUUAAGCUUGUAGGUUGUUCUUAAAGUUUUUUAGGUAUCUAAAAGCAUAAUAUGAACACAUUAUAACAAUUUGAAACUAAUGAUUAAAAAAUGAGUCAUUUUGAAGAGUAAUUUGCAAAUUCUAUUUCUGAAGAGCUUUAAUACUAGAACAUAAAGCUAUUUCUAUUAAAAUGUCAAAAUGAACAGAAUAUGAAUGAAUUAGAUAAAAGAAUAUUAUCUUCUUUAUAUUGA